AUGGCGAGAAACGUUUUGAUUCAGUUUAUAAUUACUUGUAUAACCUUAGGGCUUUUACUUGCCUUUGCUUUUGGCUAUCAAACUAUCCGAAAUCAGGAUCGUAUAGAUAGUCGUUUUGAACUUGCGGCAUUGUUAUUUGGAGCUGAAGGAAGAUCUAGUGCUGAAUUUGAGAAAAGAAUUGAAACAAUUGAUGAAUUUCUAGAUGUUUUUAAAGGUAUAACAGAAGCUUAUUAUGAUGCACCAUAUUCUGGUAGUGGAGUAUUUUUGCACUAUACGUAUGGUAUGGGGAAUUCGACACCAUUGGCUCCUACUUUAGAGUUAAGUUUUCAUGAAGGAUAUUAUGGAUCAUCAUCCUAUUCAACUAUUCUUACUGAAACUUAUGAAAUUCUAGAAGAUAAUUUAUUGGGACCUUUCGAAGAUCCAGAUUCUUUAACUAAUGAAACAGAAUCAUGCCAACCAAAAAAGGAUGUAGAUGGAUCAUAUUAUAUACCUUGUCGAGCUUCGUUAAGUGGAGAAUUUUUUGACCGGUUAGUAAGUGCCAAGUUAUCAUUCUCCCUUUUUUCUCUGGUAAGGCGUUCUGAUGGUACACCAUUUCCAAGAGCUUGGUUCCUCGAAUUUACUUUUGCUUUGUCUGGUCAUGCUUCUGUAAUGUACAUGAAAGCUUCACUUGAUUCUGUAGAAAAGCGUAUACCUGAACGUUUCCCUGUUAUUAUAUGCUCUUCUCUUUUGCCAUUAGUGUUAUUUGCUCUUCUUCUUCGCAUUCGUACAUUCCCUCGAUUUUCAAGUUUAAUUGUUUCAAAAUGUUCUCGUAAUCAAAGAAACUUGUCUCAAGAUACACAAUUGUAUUGUAAACCUUCUCUAGAAGGUGGUUGGCGUUGGUUUGGUUUUCUUUCCGAUGUACUGGUGAUUUCUUUUAGUAUUAUUUCACUCAUUAACCAAUUUUUGCCAAAAACCUCCUUUAAUAUGGAAGAAGCUGUAACAAUUCUACUUGGGUUUUGUACACUUAUAAACUGUGUGCGUUUGAUAUCUAUUUUAGUACUGUUUCCUGCUCGUUAUAUUGUUAUUGAAGGUUUUUUAACAGCAUGGCGUCAGUUGUUUAUGUACCUUGUUGCUAUUUUUCCUAUCAUGCUAGGCUAUUCUAUUUGUGGUAGUAUUGUUUUUGGGAUGUAUGGAGGUUACUUUGGUAGCAUUCCAUCUUCUAUUAUAACUCUUAUUUGUGCAAUGUUUGGUGAUAACCUCAUUGAUACUUUUUUGGUAAUGGACCAAUCUGGAUUUACCGUUCAGUUAAUCUUUGGACGAGUAUUCAUUGCAACUUUUCUCAUCUUUUUUAUUUGCAACGUGCUUAAUAUUGCCCACAGUAUUAUUCAGGACUCUUACACGUAUGCAGUCCGAAUGCACACUGCAGCGUGUAGAGAAAAAAAUGAAGCGGCUCGUGGCACACCUACUGUAAGUAUUGAAGAAUUAAAUGAGUUUUUACUGAAGUUACGUGGCUAA